AUCUGAGAGACAGAGGCAGAAACAGAGCAGCAUCAGAAUAGAGCACAGCAUUAUAUCUGUGAUUCGGAAAUACAAAUUACAUUAAAGCAUCUGGUGUCGGAGAAAUACAGCAACAGGGUGCAACAGGGUGCACUAUACAGCAAAUUGUGACUACUGUAAAGCUACUGAGACUCAUCCAGUGUCUCCUUCCUUAAAAUGUCUUUCAACAUUUAUGAAGACCCAAAUCUGAAUAUGAAUGUGAGAUACUGCAAAGGAGCCAGAGAUGACGGAGGAGACAAAGUGGAGAGACUGGUCGACAUUUAUGAGAGUGUGGAUGCAGACCAUCCUGUCUGUACACGGGAUGAAGGAGCACACACUCAGAAGCAUCUUGCAGCUGUCCAAAGAAACCCUUUAAGAACUGCUGCACAGGUUUUGGGUCUGCUGUGUCUACUGCUUGUAGCUGCAGUCAUUGUCCUGACCACACUCUAUAUUUCAAUCACUUUGGAAAAAGACCAUCUGCAGAGCAAUUAUGAGGAGGUGCAGAGCAGUUACAACAACCUGAGUAAAAGUUUCUGCCACAUACAGGGGACAGAAAGCCAGACGCAGGGGAACAUUACAGAAUGGGAGAGAUUUCGAUGCAGUUGUUACUACAAAUCUACUGAGAGGAAAACCUGGACAGAGAGCAGAAGAGACUGUCAGGAGAGAGGAGCAGAUCUGGUGAUAUUAAACAAUAAAGAAGAACAUGAAUUUGUCAGAAAACAUCGAGAUUCCUGGAUCGGUCUGCAUUCAGUGAAAAAAAGCGGCUGGGGGGACGCAUGGGAAUGGGUGGAUGGAUCAGUAACACAAUAUAGGCCCUGGCACCAAGGAGUCACUGUUAACCCUAAGGACAGGGUUGGGUUGACAGCAUACAUUGAUCUGGAAGGAACAUGGAGGCAUACCAAGACUGGAUCCAAACGAUGGAUCUGUGAGAGACAGAUCUAUUGAGUCUAACGUGUGCGUGUCAUGUAACUGUGAAUCUUUCUAAGGACCUUUGUUGCAUGUUAUUUUUCUUUUUUAAAAGUUCUUACUGCCCUUUCAAAAAAAACCCAAAAAACAUAAUAAAGGCAAAGAUGAGAAAAUAAACUGUACUGCAUUAAUGAGAAGUGACACAUGGUAAAGUAUGAAAAAUGUUAAUGAUUUAAAAAAAAUAGAAUAUUCAAAGAAACACAUACACAGACUUUUCUGCUGUUCUCAGAGCCAUAAUAGUGGUGCAGCUGAAACCAUACAGUUUGUCCUGAGGGUAAUGCUAAAGGAAAGGUCAUAGUGUAUCUAGAAUGAAAAUGGUUCAUCCACUGUGGUGUUAAUUUAGUGGAUUUUAUAGAAAACUGCCCAUAACUAGGACUGUACCUAAGUCAGAAUUAUGUCAGUUCAAUCAGAUUUAGCUUUUCAAUACGAAUAUUCGACUUGUUUUUUUUCCAUAUAGAGUUUUAGAGUUUGAACAGUGUUCAGCUGGACGACAGAUAAGAAAUGUGCAACAAAGUUUUUUGUUGCCUCUGUAUUGCAGCUGCCUGUACUGAAGAGCAGUGUGAAAGUGAGGAGAGCUUACUCUGCAACAAAAUCUGGGGACCAAAAUAUCACCAGAAGUGCCCUGCACACUAAUUGACAAAAAGAAAACAACUGCUUGACUUAAAGCAAUCUCAGUCGACUGAAAGGUCUCCAGCUUUAGUGGGCGGCCCGACCAAUUACAUAUCAGUGUUUCUUUUGUAGCACUGGAAGCCGUGGUGUGAGGUAGUUACCACGGGCCCGAGUGCAUGCUAGGUGCUAGUUCUAAGGUGCGUACACACGCAUCUGGCAACUGUUUUUAAAAAUGCCAAAAGAAUCAAGUCUAAGGAGCUUUACUAUUUUGUUCUUUUUAUUUCUUCUUUACUGGCGCUUUUCUGUUUAAAAGUCAUGACUGUUCGCUGGGCUUGUAGAUGUGCUCAGCCUGUCAGUCUUGACAGAUAUUGUACCUAAAAUAGCUACUGUAUCAUAUCGUCUUGUCACAUGAUCAAAUAGAGACUUGACAUUACACAACAUGAACAUACAUGUUAACCAACAAGCAAAAUUGCAGACCUGUAUAUGACAAAAAAUAUUAAAGAAAAUAAAUUAUUUAUUGAAUCUAACAGUUUUUAUAUAUAGUUUAUUCAUGGUUUUCCUAAUUUAUGUAGAAUAAGCAUUUAGUUUUGUAACAGAUUGUUGCUGACUUUUCUACCAAAACAAAAAAGACAAGACAAGAAAAUCAUGAUGGAGAUGGGUUUGGAAUAUCCUAUAGCAAAUGGCACCAUUCAAUUUAAUGUGAGUUCUUUGAACACAGGCAUAGCUUUGAGCUGGCAUUCUGAAUCAUUUGCAAGCCCCCCAGCCCCAGCCCACGGGCCCCAGUGAAACCAAACUGCCCCCACUGCCCAUAUUUACACCCCUAAUUGGAAGAUCUGACCUGAAGUUGGCGGUGCUGGAAACGUCAGGGUGUCAUUACAAUCAUUCUCAAGACAAUCUACAGUACAGUGGUAAAAAUCUGUUAAUUGUUACAUCAUGGAUUGACAAAGAGAUGGUGUAAUAUCUUGUUCCAAAGGAGAACAUCUAUUUUAAUUAAUCAAUUGUCAAAUUUUGGUCUGAAGACAGUUUCAGUUGAGGCAACAGGACUGAAAACGCUCUGCUAUUAGUAUCCAUUUAAUUGCUGGACAUUAUGAUCCAUUUUGAAUUUAUUUAAUGAAAAGAACAAAAACAUAUUUUCAUAUUAAAGUAUUUCUUUAUUAGAUUUGCUCAAAAGCAGAUUAAAACAGAAUCUGAUAAGCUAUUAAGUUUUUAGCUGUGAUCUUUGAUUUUGCAUGUUGUGUGAUAUGCAAUAUUCAUUUGAAAUAACAUUUGUAUUUUUUUCCAACAUUUUCGGAAAAAUUUCGUCAGAAUUCUAUGGACGCAGAUUCUGUGUGGGCCUGCUCACUAGUUCACCAGGGAGUAAAAGGCUUUGAAGCACACUCAGUGUGUUAGUCGUAGCUUUGAUCUUUACUUUGAUUUCUGAUCGUGGAUCCAUGUACUGCUAACUAUGCAGGAUCACAAAAACUGUCAAAUGAAUGGGUGAGCAGGGUGGCAUGCCAGGUACUCUGAGGGUACCUCAGACAGGCCAGUCUUUUAUCAUGGGGAUUGGUAAAUACACAGGAACACGGAGAUCCAGCAUUAGUGCUUAAAAUAAGACUCUGAAACAGAAAAUACAGUUUCUUACUGAUUUAUAAAGCUUCAUCAUGCUCAGCUCUGAUAUCUAUUUCUGCAUGUAGACAUAGCUGACAUUUUAGGACUCCAUUUCAUCUCAAGUUUAACAUCUGAUAAUUGAGAAUGAUGGCCAUGAGGAAGUGAUGGUAGUGAUGAUAAGAGAAUAUGUCACAUCCGUAGCAAGAACGCUUUAGUCAAAGUGUUACUUCAGGAUGCCAUGUUAAAAUCCAAUACAUUCUGAAACCAUUUGUCAGCUCAGGUUCACUUUUUGGUGCAUUAUAUCAUGUUUGUAUUCCAUCACCUGAUCCUGCCAGCAGUUGCUGUGUGACACAGCUCUAAGGUUAAAGCAGUGUUUUUUGUUCCUUUGUCAUCUAUUCUAUCGAACUACAGCAACA